CAUGGUGGAUAAAAAAAAGGCUUCGUAAAAAAAAAACACCAAAACGUUAAGGAAAAAAAUGCGAAUUUGAAUCGUUACGGAAUUGUUUACUCUUAGAGACAUGGGAAGUAACUCUCGCGUCCAAUCUUCAUGUAAAACCAUUUCGCGUAUUGUUGAAAUCAAUCUUAUACAAGAAUUUGAAGCUAACCUCCGGAAUAUAUUCAUGUGGUCGUAUUUUAAAAAAGAGUAUUUUUGGCCAGACAUAUGGCGAAGAAGCUUUCUAAAAACAAGACAAGUGAUGUCGAAUCCUGCUGGAGUUCACGAUACAUGUACUUCUGUUGGUGGGACUUCCAAAAGUCAAUCCCUGAAGUCGAAGUCACAACAAGACAUUCAAGAUAUCGGGAUCUACUGACAGUGUUGAAUUCAGCAGCUUAUUAUAAAAAUAGAACACUUGAAGUGUAAAAGCUUCCCCCCCCCCCCAACUUUAUGCUCCUGGGAAAAGUACUCUAAGUCUAACAUCCAGAGAUCUGUAUUUGUACCGGUACUUUAUGUUUUAUAGAUUUAAUUUGAAUGCUCCUCAAAUGAGUGAGCCAUCUUGCUCUGCUUCGUUCUCUCUGAGACGCCUUUUGUUGAUCCAGCUAGGGAAGAUUUAAGAAUUGUCAGCAACAAACUAACAGCAGUGGCACUAAACAAGGCAUGUGAAGAUGGCGAUGUAUGAAAGCUGUUCAAAGAAAGAGAAGGAUGCGAAGGAGGCUGAAAUUGAAGAGAUCCAGUCUUGUUAUCCAGGCCGGUGUGAAGUGAUAUUUGAUUCUGACCCACCAUGUACGCUUGUUUUGGUUCAGCCUGUUGAAGAAUCAAGUACCAUCAUUGAGCUGCAGUUUGGUUUAGAAUACCCAGAUGAAGUGCCAGUGGUUUCAGUGACUUCUAAAAGCCUCUCAAAAUCUGAUACCAAAAGUCUGCAAGUGUUGCUUGAUGAAAAAACUUCCCAGUUAGCAGGACAUUUGAUGGCAAUGAAGCUUUUGGGGACGAGUGAGGAAUUCUUAAAAACUUGUGUUUCCUCUCAGGGCACCAUUAAAAAUGAAAGAGGAAAUAGAUCUAAUAAGAAAAAAGGAAAAGGUGAAAGACAGCAUGACACGCAUACAGUGGAGAUGUUGUCGGAUGACCAGAUUCAGAUUAGUAAAGGAAAGAAAGGCAAAAGGUCUAGACGUAAGGCUCGUUAUAGCAGUGAUAGUGAUGGGGAUGUUUCUGAUCUUUAUGCAGAGAAUGGUUUGAGUCCAUUUGGUGUCGCCGACAAUAGUUCUGUAAGCAACAACACACUCUGUCCAGGAGAUUCGGUUCAAAUAGAAAUGCGUCCAACUCAUUUCAUCGCUGUAAGAAUCACUCAUGCAGAUAUUCGGGAGAGUUUGACGCGCAUUCAGAAGGUGUUGGUUGAAAAGGAACCAUUGCUGAGCAAGGGCACUUUCACACCUGAGAUGCUUCACGUGACUUUAUGCGCGGUUGGACUGGACACAGAGACAGAGGUAUCACAGUGUAUUUCUGCAUUAGAUGGAAUGAGAUCGGAUCUCACUCACGCCCUGCCUCGCACGCCACUUACAGUCCAUGGCAUGGCACAGUUUUACAACAGGGCUAUCUACGCUAAGGUAACACACGGAGAUGAUUUCUUACACUUCCACUCCACACUAAGAACAAAGCUUAGAGAACAUAACGUUGAUAUACGUGAUGAGCAUGAAGGUUAUUCCCCGCACGUGACGAUCGUUAAAGUGAAAAGACCAGAAAGACGAUUGUUUGGUUCUCGAAAUAUAAGACCGUCUAUUUACUCCGACUUUCUUGAUGUUGUUCAUGGGCACCAGGCAAUUGAUGCUCUAUAUUUGUGUGCAAUGGAUGGACAAAGACGAGAAGAUGGAUUCUACACAACUCUUCAUGAGUUACAUUUGUGAAACCCUAUUAGAAUUAAUUAGACAUAUUUUUAACAUCUCAGGACCCACUCACUUGAAAAAGACAUUAGGACAUUGUAAUUCCAUCUAUAGUAUCUGUUAGUUACUCUCUCCCACAACACUUGAGGGAUACAAGUUGGAGGUGAAAUUUUUAAUUGAUUUAAAAACAUAGAUCUACCUUAUGAAAUGCCAUCUUGACAGUUAGAAUUUUUUAUUAAUUAUAGUACAAUGUACUCUUAUGUUCAUAAUGUGAAGUUCGUAUUGCUAGAAAUUAUGGUGUGAUAGUAGAAAUGUUUUCUUGUAUGUUAAUGUUAAUCUAAAGAGCGUAUGUAUGCAUGUCCAUUCUCUCACAUUUAUUUUUAAAA